AUGUCUCUUGAUGACACUCGAGCACCAACACAUUCAGUGCGAGGGAGUGGGGUUUCAGUUGUGGUGCACAGUUACAAAAAGCCGGCCCUGGGUUGGGGUAGCACAGAAGAUAUCAUCGACCUUACGCUAGGCAAUGCUAAGAAGAACGGUCUGUUGCAAAAGGAACCUACAAGUCAAAAGGGCACAGAGAAGCAAAGAAAUGUAAACUCAGAUCCUAUCGACAGUCAUCAAGGCCAGGAGCUCGGUAACCAGGUCUCAGCACUUGGGUCUUGA